AUGGAUUUGUUGAGGACCGAAGGAGGUUGUCAGAGAAUAUGUGAGUUGCCCGAAGAUUUGCUGUUGCGGAUCUUACUCCUCCUCCCGACGAAAGAUGCAGUGGCCACUGGUAUCUUGUCUAAAAGAUGGCGUUGCGUUUGGAAGAUGCUCCAUGAACUCGCCUUCAAAGACGACGGCCAAGGGAGCGAGAGCUUUGGGUGGUUUGUUGAAAAGUCACUGCAACACCAUAAGGCACCAGAACUAGUAAGCCUGGUUGUCGAACUGGGUCCACAAUGUCCUGUUGACGUAGAUGUCAGAAAGUGGGUUGACAAGGCUGUUAACCACGGUGUGAAAAAGUUAGAUUUCAAUCUCCUCUGGACGACAAGCUUACCUGAGAGCCUUUACACAUGCGACUCGCUUGUUUCUUUAAUAUCAAACCAGAUUCUUGACGUUUCUUUCCCCCCUAGCCUACCAUCUCUCUCAUAUCUGAAACUUGCCUAUGUGGUCUACAAAGACGAAGAAUCUCUUGCUAGGCUUUUAUCAAGUUCCCCGGUUCUCAAAGAACUGGUGGUUAGACGACCUGGUAAAGAUGACAACUUGACAAACUUUACCGUGAAAGUGCCUUCGUUGAAAAGUUUAACUUAUGUGACCUCAGAGGAAGAGGAAGAGGAAGAGGAAGAGGAAGAAUAUCUCACUGGGUCGUUGGUGAUAGAUUGCCCUGGAUUAAAUUCUUAG